GCCGCCGGGGGCCUCCCCGCGCCCCGCCGGCCUCCAGGCCCCCUCCCGGCUGGCGAGCGGCGCCACAUCUGGCCCGCGCAUCUGCCCGGCCGGCCGGCGCGGGGUCCCGAGAGGGCGCGGCGCGGAGGCGCAGCCGGGGCUCCGGGAGGCGCCGUCCGCUGCGCUCGGGGCUCGGUCUAUGACGAGCGGCGGGGGCUGCCAUGGGUCGGGGGCUGCUCAGGGGCCUGUGGCCGCUGCACAUCAUCCUGUGGACGCGCAUCGCCAGCACGAUCCCGCCGCAAGUUCAGAAGUCGGACUAUUACAAAAUAUCAUUGGAAGAUGCAAUCAAAGAGUAUGCAAUCAAAAAAGUUAAUAACGACAUGAUGGUCACGGACAACAAUGGUGUCAUCAAAUUUCCGCAAUUGUGUAAAUUUUGCGAUGUGAGAUCUUCCACCUGUGACAACCAGAAAUCCUGCAUGAGCAAUUGCAGCAUUACCUCCAUCUGUGAGAAGCCACAUGAAGUCUGUCUGGCUGUCUGGAGAAAGAAUGAUGAGAACAUAACACUAGAGACGCUUUGCCAUGACCCCAAGGACACUUACCACGGAAUCGCUCUCGAAGAUGCUGCUUCUCCAAAGUGUAUUAUGAAGGAAAAAAAGGUGUUGGGUGAGACUUUCUUCAUGUGUUCCUGUAGCUCCGAUGAAUGCAAUGAUCACAUCAUCUUCUCUGAAGAAUAUGCCACCAACAACCCUGACCUGUUGUUAGUCAUAUUCCAAGUGACAGGCGUCAGCCUCCUGCCACCGCUGGGAAUCGCCAUAGCCGUCAUCAUCACCUUCUACUGCUACCGUGUUCACCGGCAGCAGAAGCUGAGCCCGUCCUGGGAGACCAGCAAGCCGCGGAAGCUCAUGGAAUUCAGCGAGCACCUGGCCAUCAUUCUGGAAGACGACCGCUCUGACAUCAGCUCUACCUGCGCCAACAACAUCAACCACAACACAGAGCUGCUGCCCAUUGAGCUGGACACCCUGGUGGGGAAAGGUCGCUUCGCUGAGGUCUACAAGGCCAAGCUGAAGCAGAACACUUCAGAGCAGUUCGAGACCGUGGCAGUCAAGAUCUUCCCUUAUGAGGAGUAUGCCUCCUGGAAGACAGAGAAGGACAUCUUCUCAGACAUCAACCUGAAGCAUGAGAACAUCCUGCAGUUCCUGACGGCCGAGGAGAGGAAGACGGAGCUGGGGAAACAGUAUUGGCUAAUCACCGCCUUCCACGCCAAGGGCAACCUACAGGAGUACCUCACGCGGCACGUCAUCAGCUGGGAGGACCUGCGCAAGCUGGGUAGCUCCCUUGCCCGGGGCAUCGCUCACCUGCACAGCGACCACACUCUGUGCGGGAGGCCCAAGAUGCCCAUCGUGCACAGGGACCUCAAGAGCUCCAAUAUCCUCGUGAAGAAUGACCUGACCUGCUGCCUGUGUGACUUUGGGCUUUCCCUGCGCCUCGACCCAACUCUGUCUGUGGAUGACCUGGCCAACAGUGGGCAGGUGGGAACUGCAAGAUACAUGGCUCCAGAAGUCCUAGAGUCCAGGAUGAAUUUGGAGAAUGUUGAAUCCUUUAAGCAGACAGAUGUCUACUCCAUGGCUCUGGUACUCUGGGAAAUGACAUCUCGCUGUAACGCAGUGGGAGAAGUGAAAGAUUACGAGCCUCCAUUUGGUUCCAAGGUUCGGGAGCAUCCCUGUGUUGAGAGCAUGAAAGACAACGUUCUGAGAGACCGAGGGCGACCAGAAAUUCCCAGCUCCUGGCUCAACCACCAGGGCAUCCAGAUGGUGUGCGAGACUCUGACCGAGUGUUGGGACCACGACCCUGAGGCCCGGCUCACUGCCCAGUGCGUGGCGGAGCGCUUCAGCGAACUGGAGUACCUGGACAGGCUCUCAGGGAGGAGCUGCUCCGAGGAGAAGAUUCCGGAAGAUGGCUCGCUGAACACUACCAAAUAGCUCUUCUGGGGGCAGGCUGGCCUACGUCUGAAGAGGCUGCCCCUGUCACCAAAGAACAAGAGGCAGCAGGAGGCUGUCCCUGAACCUGAACCAAUGCUUCCUGGAAGCCCGGGGGUCACUGCCCUCCCUAUAAGCUGGUGGGGCUGAGCAGAACCACCAGCAGCGGGGAGUGGGUGACAUGAAGCAUUCUAUGCCUUUGACUUUGUCAUAGGAUAAGCUGUGUUAGCACUUCCUCAGGAAAUGAGAUAGCCAAUAACAUUUGCACUUUAUUAAUGCCUGUAUAUAAAUAUGGAAUAGCUAUGUUUUAUAUAUAUCUAUAUAUGUCUAUAUCUAUAUAUAUACAGCCAUACUCUGGAAGGAGACAAGGAAAAUAAAAUCAAAUAUCCCAGGAAACUGGUUUGUUUGGAGAGCUCUGGAACCAGGCACAGAAGGAAGGGAUCCGUGACAGCAUUAGCACUUGACAAUCAACGUGGGCGCUGGUGUUCAGCCUGCACGAGGUGGGGGCUCUGCCUUAGGAGAGGGGCUCCGCGGCUCAGAGCCCGCCGUGGCCA